GUCACACACGCAGACACCACACCACCUUCCCCUUCCCCUUCCCCCACACGCAGGCAGGACAGCUUACAGCGAAGCAGCAGCAGGCCAGCGCCGGCACAGCACACCACAAUCCUCGCGCUAAUCGCCCACUAAUCCUGCCCCAGCCCGGCCGCGCCUCCCUCCCAUUCCGCGCUUCGCACCAUUAAUUAAGCCAGCGCCCCUCCCUGCUCGCGCCGCGCGCGCCCGAGGAUCUCCGGCGUCGGAUCGGGAGGUCGAUGCCGGUGGCUGGCUACGCAUGGCCGGGCGGCGACCGAUGAGGCCGGUCGGCGGCAUGCGCGGGCUGCGGGCCUCGCCCGCGGUCUCCUUCCUGCUGGCGGCGGCCGCGGCGGCCGCGCUCGUCGGAGGGGCCUACUUCUGGCUGGUGGUCGCGUCCUUCCGCCUCCCCGACGCGCAGGCCCGCGGGUGCCUCCCCGACGGCGAGGGCUCCUGGGCCGUCGGGGUGUACUACGGGAACACCCCCUUCGACCUCCGCCCCAUCGAGCUGGAAGGGAGGAGCAGCGCCAACGGCUCCGCGUGGCCGGUGGCCAACCCCGUGCUCACCUGCGCGUCCGCCACCCACGCCGGCUACCCCAGCAACUUCGUCGCCGACCCCUUCCUCUACCUGCAGGGGGACACGCUAUUUCUCUUCUUUGAAACAAAAACAACAGCCACAAUGCAGGGCGAUAUUGGCGUCGCAAGAAGCUCCGAUCAAGGUGCAACAUGGGAAUUUCUUGGUAUUGCUCUAGAUGAGGCAUGGCACCUGUCCUACCCUUAUGUGUUCAAAUAUGAGAAUGAGAUCUAUAUGAUGCCAGAGGGGAACAAAAAGAAGGAGCUUCGACUUUAUCGUGCUACUAAAUUUCCUCUUGAAUGGACAUUGGAGAAGGUUCUCAUCAACAAACCGCUUGUUGAUGCCGCAUUAGUCCAAUAUGAGGGAAGCUGGUGGCUUUUCGCCUCGGAUUUUACACGGCAUGGAACUGAGAAGAAUGCAGAGCUUGAGAUUUGGUACAGUAGCUCUCCUCUUGGUCCUUGGACUGAGCACAAGCAGAACCCUAUUUACAAAGCUGACAAAAGUGUGGGAGCUCGAAAUGGUGGAAGGCUCUUCAUCUUUGAAGGGGUAUUGUAUCGUCCAGGUCAGGAUUGCAGCGGAACCUAUGGACGGAAGGUUAAGUUGUUCAAAGUCGAAAAGCUUACCAAGGAAGAAUACAAAGAGGUGCCAGUAAACCUUGGGAUUGAAGAGCCAAAGAAAGGGAGAAAUGCUUGGAAUGGCAUGAGGUACCAUCACUUGGACGUGCAGCAGCUCGACUCUGGUGGAUGGAUAGCUGUAAUGGAUGGUGAUCGUGUUCCUUCAGGUGAUUCGACUCGACGGUCUAUCUCUGGUUACAUGGGACUUUUCUUGGCAAUUCUUCUGGUCAUUUUUGUGGGUUUUGUGAAAGGUGCAGUCAACUGCUACAUUCCUCCAAGUUUCUGGGCGUCCCCGGCUAGGAGAAAUGAAUUAUCACGCAUCUUGCCUGUGCACCGCCUCAACCAGAAAGUCCGCAGAUUUUCUACCAGUUGUGGCAGAUAUGUCUCUUCUACCAAAGCAAGGCUGAACGAGAAAACAUGGUCCAACACGCUGUUCUUCUCUGUGAUUGCUCUGGUAGGGACUGUGAAUGUCUGCAUUGCUGUGCAUUUCUUGUGUAGUGGUAAUGGUGCUGAACAGGCAUAUACACAUCAGGGACAACACUCCCAGUUCACGAUGGUCACGAUGACAUAUGAAGCUCGGCUCUGGAACUUGAAACUAUUUGUGGAACAUUAUUCUAGAUGCGAGUCAGUCAGGGAGAUCGUCGUUGUCUGGAACAAAGGGAACCAUCCAACCAGUGAUGCCUUCGAUUCCACGGUGCCUGUCAGGAUACGGGUGGAAGAGCUCAACUCUCUCAACAACAGGUUCAGAGUCGACCCUCUGAUAAAGACCCGGGCAGUCCUGGAGCUGGACGACGAUAUCAUGAUGACGUGCAGCGACGUCGAGAAAGGGUUCAAGGUCUGGAGAGAACACCCAGAGCGCAUGGUCGGGUUCUACCCGCGGAUGAUCGACGGCGACCCUCCGCAGUACAGGAACGAGCGGUACGCCAGGGGCAAGAAGGGCUACAACCUGAUCCUCACGGGCGCCGCCUUCAUGGACAGCGCGUUCGCCUUCAAGAGGUACUGGAGCGAGGAGGCCAGGGAAGGGAGAGAGUAUGUGCACAAGAACUUCAACUGUGAGGAUCUGCUCAUGAACUUCAUGUACGCGAACGCGAGCUCCGGAGGCAGGACCGUGGAGUACGUCCACCCGGCGUGGGCCAUCGACACCUCCAAGUUCUCUUCGGUUGCCAUAAGCCGCGACACCCAGAAGCACUACGACGUCAGGACCAGCUGCCUCGCCAAGUUCACAUCCUUAUACGGCCCUCUCCCUCAGAAAUGGGAGUUCGGCAGGCGGGAAGAUGGCUGGGACAAGUAGUCUGGACAAGGGCCGGGAAAAUAGUGCACAGGCAGCCAACACUUGCAUAUUUUGGAACUUUUUCUUUUGUUGCUCCCUCCCUCCCAUGGGAAGUUUUGUAGCAUGGGAAGAAAUGUUAUUAUAACCUUUCUGGGUAGUAGUUUCUUGUUUGUCGAUUUACGUGUUAGAUCUGGCUAGAGAGAAACCUAGAGCGCUGUAGAUCAAACCUGUUCAAAGGGUGUCCGAGUCUCCAAAAAAUACUGUGAGGGUCGAUGUUCAACUUGUGAGGGUCUGACACUUCCUUUCUUUUGAUAUUUAUUAUUGAGCAGUGGUUUUCUAA